AUGGCAUCCACUAACUUCUGUCUCCAGGAUCUUCCCCGGCCCAUUCUGUGGAUCUUGCUCGUCCUGUGGAUCAGCUCUGUCACCUUCGUGGUUGAGCGUUGCAUGAUUCGCGUUGGCCAAGCGGCAAUCGUCUUUCAGGUCUUUAGGAUCAUUCACUACUGCUUCUACCAAACGCAAGACGACGAGUUCUUCGCCCAGAUCUUUUCUGCACGCUUGGAGCUCAAGACUUUCGUUCUACAACUGUGUCUGCCGCUCACCGUGCAUAGCCUUUUCAAGGAGGUGAUUGGUGUCCUCAGAGAGAGGGUCAUCGCGCCGUUCAAUACGACUAUUGUGGAUUGUCCCGACUGCCAGCCCUCGUAUCUCCCACGGCUUCAACAUGCUCGCCAACACAAGAAGCAACAGGUUCUACCUCCCAAGUCUCAAGAGCCACAGCAAGACGUUAAGCAGGCUUCUGACUAUCUGAACAAAUAUAUGCGCCAUCCUUGGGGCGUAGUUGAUUACUACAUUCUUCUCGCGAACAUCGAGCGCGGCCGCGACAAGAACUGCCGUGUAAGUGAGUGCUGCCUCGUGGAAACUGACGGCCUGAAGCAGGUUGCCCUACACGACUACCCAAGCUUCGAAAAUGUCCCAUGCGGCAUGAAUCCAACCGUGUUUUUCGUCACAAUCCCGGUUCCCAAUGCACACAAUGAAUUCACCAAUGCCAAGCUCGUCUUGGGCUUUGAUCUGACAACCCGCUGUUUCCAGGGAUACCUAUUUGAAGUGCCACAGGAGCUCAACAACUACCAGGACCUUUGGCGUGCCUAUAUGCAGGGCGCGGGCAAGCUCGUUAUUGAUGUGCACAUCGAGCGGUUUCUCACAAUCCUGCGCCAUACCAUGCGGCAUCGGAUUGAGAUCCUGGAACUCGGGAUGCUUCACCAUAACAGUAUGACGACACGGGCGUUUCAAGCAGGCAUGGACAUGCUCAUUAGCAUUCAGUUUUUGCAAUUCGCUGAGGACUUCGCCGACCUUAUGUGGGAAGAUGCCGAGGGGGUCGAUUCUUGGUUUUCUGUUCGUGAUGGGCUCACCCUUGAGAAGUAUCGCCAGAAGCAGGUAAGAAGUACUGUCACUUCGGGUUUGUUCUACGGACAGAGUAUUGUUGGGCUGCGGGAUCACACCGAGCAGAGGCAUUUAGAUGGCUCUCACGAGUGCGGAGACAGUUCUCGUCUCGUCCAGGUCAUUGCCGGCCGAUCGGAAUCGGUAUCGAAGGCGCAGGUUCCGAUCUUGGUCAGUGUUAUGGUGCUCCUCUGCAUUUAUUCCAUUCUCAAUCGCGAGAUGGGAGCUCUCCCCGGGCGGCUAUGA